CAGUGACUCUCAAUCAUUUGGAGAAGACACUUGUCAACCUCCAAACAAAGAGAUUUUUUUUUAUUAAAAAAAACUGAAAAAAUGCUCACACGCGAUAUCGUAAGCCGAGUGCCAUUCCUCCCCAGUGUAUUUAUCAGCCACUGAUAAAUCCAAACUUCGUUGAGAAUUCCCGCGAAGUGUCGUGACUUUUAUUUUCAAAACAUAUUCUUUACCACCUUUGAAUGAAUACGUUGUUACCAAGUUGGGAGCCGUUUCAUUCAUUUCUUAAAGUUAAUAACUAAUGAGAAUUUCGCAUUUGAGGUGCUUUUUUAUUAAUAAAUUCUCUAUUUGCCAAUAAAUUUAUUUUUCCUCUUUGAUAAAUAUUUGUACUCAGGAUAUUUUUCGAUGUUUGAUAAUAAUCACGUGACCCGACGACUUAACGUCAGGAAAUUUUAGGCGGUGAAAUUUCGCCAUGCGAGAACUUUUCAAGUGUCAAAAAAACGUCAAAUUGACAUUACUAGACUCAAAAAUAGAGAGUGACGUGUGUGUAAUCGAUGCUUUACUGUCAAUUAUGAUUAUUAGUAAUAGUUGUUAAUUUUUGUGAGGGGAAAUGAAAUUUUCUCUCUUUAUUGAAAUACUAUAGAGAAUUGUUUAAAUAAUAAGAAAUAAGAAUGUGGUCCUUUUUCUCCCGUGACCCUACCAAAGAUUUUCCUUAUGAAAUUGGAGAACCGGUCAGUGGUUUUACGAAUAAAAGUAUUUGGUCACUUCAUCGAGCAAGACGAAAGGGUUCAACGGGCGAUGCAGAAGUGUCAGUUUUUGUUUUUGACAUAAAAAAUGGAGGAGAAUAUCAGCUCGAAAUUGCUAGAGCGGCGGUAAAGAGGCUAAAAACUCUGAAGCAUCCGAAUAUACUUUCAUAUCUUGAUAGUUUAGAGACGGAAAAAAUGGUUUAUCUGGCGACCGAAAGAGUGAAACCUUUGCACAGUCGUCUUGCGACAAUAUCAGAAAUUGGCGAAGGAUCGAAACGGGAACUCUACUUUUCCUGGGGAAUAUUUCAAAUAACGAGAGCUUUGAGCUUUUUAAAUAACGAUGGAAAUUUGCGACACAAUAAUGUCAAUAUGUGGUCGGUGUUUGUCAACGAAGAAAGCGGAGAGUGGAAACUCGGUGGCGUUGAAUAUAUGACAACAAUCGAUUCCCUUUACACAAUGUUGCCAGCAGCUUUACAACAUUAUCGUCCACCCGAAGCCAAAGAAAAUUCAAAAACCACCACCAAGUGUUCGAUUGACAUGUGGGGUCUGGGAACUUUAAUCUGGGAGACAUUUAAUGGACCACUUUCUUCCACAAUGAAUCUUGAACAGAAAGAAAAGAUUCCACGACAAUUGUUGCCAGUCUUCCAGGAAUUGACGGGACUGAAUGCGGAGGGAAGACCAAAUCCAGCGGAUGUGAUUGCUCGUUGUCGGAGUAAUGGGGGAUUUUUUAAAAAUGAUCUUGUCGAUGCUCUCUUAUUUUUGGAGGAAAUUCAAGUGAAGGAACGCGGUGAGAAGGGUCGAUUUUUUUCACAACUCGCGAGUCAAUUGGAUUCAUUUCCCGAUGGCGUUGGAAGAUAUAAAAUUCUUCCGCUACUGGUGGCUGCCUUUGAAUACGGCGACGCUGGCAGUGCCGUUCUACCGCCACUUCUUCAACUUGGUCGUGAAUUGCCCGAUGCUGAAUAUCAAAAACGUGUCGUUUCCUGUGUCGUUAAAUUAUUCGCCUCCAAUGAUCGUGCGACGAGGCUUCAUCUUCUUCGACAGCUCGAUCAGUAUAUCAAUCAUUUGCAGUCGGCGACUGUUAAUGAGGCAAUUUUUCCACAGGUCGCUCGAGGAUUUUUAGACACAAAUCCAACUGUUCGAGAGCAAACGGUAAAAUCGAUUCUUCACCUGGCGCCGAAAUUGGACUACAAUAAUCUCAAUGUCGAAGUUUUGAGAUAUUUCGCGAAACUUCAGUCAAAAGACGAUCAAGGCGGAAUUAGAACAAAUACGACAAUUUGUUUGGGGAAAAUUGCUCAGCAUUUGCAUCCACAAAUUCGACAAAAGGUGUUGAUAGGAGCGUUUAUAAGAGGAACGAGAGAUCCAUUCCCACCGGCAAGAAGCGCAAGUAUUUUGGCAUUAACGGCAACGCAACAAUAUUAUUUACUGCAGGAAGUGGCGCAAAGAAUAUUACCGGCCAUGUGUCCAUUGACAACUGAUUUGGACAAAGGAGUGAGGGACAAUGCUUUCAGGACAAUUCGAGGAUUUCUCUCGAAGCUCGAGAGAGUUUCUGUUGAUCCAAGUCUCCGAGAAUCAAUGGAGGCGGAUGUGAAUACGGCGACUCCGAGUUUGAGUAAUGCGGCAGCGACCUGGGCCGGAUGGGCCGUCACAGCAGUCACGGCAAAAUUCUAUCGCAGUCAAUCCGACACGCCAAAAUCUUCCAAUGCCUCUAGAAUUUUACUCAAUAAACCCGCGUCACUGGAGCAAGCGAGUAGUUCGCAGAGUAGUGCGAGUACAACAGCGACGACGAGCAGUGCGACGAGUAUGACGUCGUUGGACCACGAUCACGAGCACGACCCCCAGGUGAACGUGAAUCCGAAUCAGGAAAACGAUUGGGAUACCUGGGAGAAUGGAGACUGGGGCGAUCUGGAGCAACAGCCGUCGACGGGAACUUCGACGAGUAACGCUUCGCCCUCCUCUCAUUCGCUGAAAGUUCACGAACCCUGGAUCAGCCUCGAGGAAAAACCGGAGGAAGAAGCAGCAGAAGGAGGUCAAAAUACAAAAGAAUCAUUAGAAAUCGGUUGGGAGGAUGGAGAAUUUCAACCAUUAGAAGAAUUCCCCCCACUCGAACCUGUCGUUCUGGGACCAACAAAUCGUUUAGAGGAGACAAAGAAGAAACGCGAGGAACGAAAAUUGGCCCGACAUCGUGAAAUCGAAGCAAAACGAGCCGAGAGACUGAAAAAUAAUGCGUCUCAUCAAAAAAGUCUGAUUUAAUUCGAUAAAAAAAAAGAAAAUCAAGACUUUGAAAUUUUUUCAAAAAAUUAAACAGUUAAGUAAACGAAAUAAUUUAGCAAUUUAAAAAUAUCCGAGUAAUAUCUAAUAAUCAUUACAUGUGAAUAAGUUUUUAAACCGAAUAAUUCAAGUUCCAUUAUUUCCAAUAUUGAAUUAUUCGAUUGUAUAGAAAUUUUACUAAAUUGAUUAAUUCGAUGAUUAGUUUAAAAAAAAUGUAUAUUAAUGAAUGCUAAUUACUAUGGAAGUUAAUUAAUUGCCUGUACUUACAAUUAAUUAAUUGACUAUUACUAAUUUGAAGAAAAUUAUAAUUAUACGGAAAGUAAUUAUAAUUCAGAUUUAUAAUAAUGGCAAAAAGUGUUUAAUUUAACUUCAGUUUCUUUUGAAAAAAAAUCUUCCAAUAUUUCUAUCGUUUUUUUUUAUCAAGGACACAAGUGAUUUCAUUUUUGUAAAAUCCUUUUUAAAAUUUUAUUCUUGAAAAUAUACAUUUCUUGAAAUCGUU